CGUCCCUGUGCGACCGGACUGUCCAGCCUGGUUUGUGUGCCCCGACAUUAAAGCUUUUUUUUUAAAGUUGGCUAACAACUGUUCUGAUUGCUCGCCUACCACGAACGACUGCUGCAUUGUCCUGAAAACUUUAAGUGCGAUUUCUUGUCUUUUGAAAGUGAACAUUCUCCGAGGACAUAGUUUAUUGGGCAUGGCUUCGGAGUACAAGUAUAACAAAGUCAACUACACGUCCGAGGAUGAGGAAUUUAAUCAAGUCUUGAGUCACGUUGGCGGUAGAGGGAACAUUUAUUUGGUAGGCGAUGCAUAUCCAAUGGACAGUAAAUACAAAUACAGAAUCUUAGAAGAGUUUGUUGCUGGCAUAUUUCGCAAUGAUGACACGCAUAGAGAAACCAAUCGUGUUGGAACAGACAUGAGCAACGGCGACAUCAAAUCUGGUGUGUCGUGCAAAGCUGCCGUGACCGAUGUUAUUAUGCAGAACGAUGAACCGUCUGACCUCCGCGACAACCGCUCCACGUCGCACGGUCGGCGCAGGUCGGAGUUUGACGCUGUUCAGAAAGAAGGAGCUUCCAGCGCCAAAGGAGUCGAGGCCAAGAAUGUGCUGACCACUGGAAACCUAAGUGCUAGAGGACGAACGAUUAGCUGCGCCAUAAUCAUUUUUAUCUUCAGACAUGCAUAUGUUAACCACAAGGGCAACCGUGUGUGUCUGGAGGAAAUACUAAAGGACGUUAAAACGCGCACAAAGCGUAAUGGAGUUCGUCCAGCUUUGCUUGGUCUGGUUUAUGCAGAUAUUGAGAAUGCAGAGACUCGUGAUUCUGUGAUGUUCUUGGAGCAGACACUUAGGUCGGUGUUCACAAAACAUCCACAUGGCUCAAUAUGGGCUGGUCACUUUAUUUCAAAAGCACCGGACGGAACGCAGACUAUUAAGAGGCAUAUCUGCACAACUGUUCAUUUCUCUCAGUCUCCAGAUAAUAUGCCGGGCAAACAAGGUUGUUUUCCGCUACUGCAACGAUGGUUUAGGGGAGAACACAAACCCAACAUAACUUCUAACAACCUGGUACAGGAAGGUAAUCCAGAAAGCACAGAAGAAGGAAUUCCUCUACAGAUGAGAUCCUUGCCACACUCAUGAGGCAAGGUCUAUAAAUGCAAAAAGUGACCUGUAACAUGCAUUAUACAUUUUAUUUAAUAGAUGGCACAGUAUUUAAAGACAAUCAGAAUAUGAAAUUCAUCUGUCAUUUUGCUGUUUUUUGCUAAUUCUAAAUGAAAUAUUUGCUCUACUAUUAAGUGUUAACGCACACAAGGAUUGAAUCUUUGAAUUGCUGAUUAUCCCUGUCGUUUUUCUUUUUUUGCUUUUUUUAAGUAAUAUGCAAAUUAGAUAUUGUUGCUGAUGUUUACAUUUACGGCAUUUAGCAGAUGCUCUUAUCCAGACCGACUUACAAAAGUGCUUUGUCAUUUACAUACUUCGUAGCCAGUAGAGUAGUUUAGAGUCAAAUAUACCAAUGAACUACAAUACUGUAGAAAUACAGGGAUCAAUGCUGAUGCCUUGAAGUACAAAAUACAUAAGAUCUAUCUUAGGCAAUGACAAUUGCAAUAAACAAUAAGUGCUAAUAAGUACUGAUAUAAGUAUUGAUAUUUAUAGUUGAUGUGAUUUUCUGUUAAUUUUGAAGGUCUUAAGUUAAUAAAGUAGACUAUUCCACAGCAAAUAUUGAAUUUAAUAUAUAACUCAGUUUGAAGAAGCCUAUAUAUUAUUAACCACACAUUUAAGCUUUACAGGGCAAGCUAGCAUUUAUAGUCAUGCUGACUUUGGGAUGGUGGUGCUGAUACCUUUCCUCUUCCAGUCAUUUGGCUAUGGUCGUACAAACUGCCUGCAUAGUUCACAUAAAUCACAUAAAUGCUUUUUUGGGUGCAAAACAUCAUUAUAACAGAAUACAACAGAAUGGUAGAAUGUCCUUUGAAAUGUAUUGUAUAGCUCAGUAUCUUUUCCUUGUGUCUUAUUUUUAUAGUCUUUAAUAGGCUCAGAUUUUUUUAAUAUUAAUGUCUAUUAUAUUGUGACAUGCUAGAACUAUUCACUGUUCAUAGACUAUAAUAAACAUUUCAAAUUACAUAGAACCCUAUGUAAUAGUCAUGUUGUGCUCAUUAACAUUUAAGGUUCAUUAAAAAGGCAGUAAAAUAAUACCAGGUCUGUUCUUAUGAGGUGAACAGCAUACA